CCGUUUUUCCUGCAGUGUUGCUGCUCACAGCAUCGUAACAGCUCCCACGGUAAAAAUGAAGCACAUGUUUGGAUUAGACUCCAGUACAACCACAAGGACUGACAGAAGGAUGACGAGUGAAUUUAAUUUCAAAUACGGAUACUGGAAUUUGUACAGAAGACUACACCUGGUGGCGUUAUGCGUUUAUUAUUAUCAUUUUUAAUCGUCAGACUUUGGAGCAGAAGUGGAGGACUUGGAGCCCCCUCAGGUGUUCAUUUUACUGACAGAAGAAAUCGAAGAAAAAAUGUCCUCUCUCAUCAUCUACCUCAUGUCUGUAUGGAUUUUGGACACCUUUGCUUAAACCACGCCCUCCCACAUAUGUGCGAACCUCCUCUCAUCUUCCUAGAAUUUGUAUCCCGUGAAUCAAUUGUUGUUCAUCAUUCUCCCGUGCUCUUUACUGGUAUAAAGGUUUUGCCAAACUGGACUAGACUGGAUUUACUCUGUGAUCAGAUUGCCUACAUCCAAAGCCAUCCAAACAAGAUUCCCAGUCACGAGCUUCACCCAGGCAAGACGAUGACAAAACAAAGGGUGCUCAUUUUCCUAUUCUGCGUCAUCAGUGUCUGUGUGUUUUUGGGUGAACUUGUGCCAGAGAGGCUUUGGGAAGACUUCCUCCAGCAUCAGGACACAAGUCGCUGUGCUUGUGAGAAAUGUUUAUCAGAUGAAGAUCAGUGGUUUACGCAGCGUUUGAAUAAAUCAGUUGAACCAUUUUUGUCAUCAAAAUACAAACUCUCAGAGGAUUCUUUCAGGUGGUGGACGGGUUUACAGGCCGAAAAACGCAACUUCGAUUCCUACAGUACAACAGUGAACACCCUGUUUAAAAUGUUCCCACCCAGUCCAUCUCUCAUAGAGCCAAGCCCUGGUCAUUGUAGAACUUGUGCUGUGGUGGGAAAUUCUGGUAAUUUGCUGGGAUCACAUUAUGGACCUCUGAUAGAUUUCAAUGAUGUCAUCAUAAGAAUGAACAAUGGCCCUACCAAAGGUUAUGAAGCAGAUGUUGGGAAAAGAACAACUCAUCAUAUUGUAUAUCCAGAGAGUGCCUCGGACUUAGAUAACACCACUCAUCUUGUGUUGGUUCCAUUCAAGAUACAGGACCUUGAAUGGCUCAUUAAAGCCCUCACUACAGGAUUUUUUGGAACACCCAACAGUUCCCACCAUGACCAAAGACCGGGUGACAGGGGCAGGGAAAACUUCCUUCAAGGAGGCAGAUACCUCAAGCAGAACCAGACUUCAACCUGGUCAUACAUGCCAGUAAAAUCAAAGAUCAAAGCUAACAAGGAUCUGGUGAUGGUGGUCAAUCCAGCGUUCAUGAGAUAUGUUCAUGACACAUGGCUGGAGAAAAAGGGCAGGUAUCCAUCCACUGGCUUUAUGACUUUGGUUAUUGCCCUGCAUAUUUGUGAUGAGGUCCAUGUGUUUGGUUAUGGAGCAGACAAAGAUGGAAACUGGAGUCAUUACUGGGAAAAACUACAAGACCGAAAGUUAAAAACAGGAGUACAUCCUGGAGGUCAUGAGUAUUCAAUUAUCCAGCAGCUAGCUGAGCAACAAAAACUCAAGUUUUAUACUGGAUGGUGAUCAUUCUGUCAACAUUAAAAGUAUUUAAGCCAUGAUAGAACAUCCUUUACAAAACAAAACAAGACUAGUAAGAAUGGGCCUUAUGCAACAACUCUGGUCUGACUCACUGUCUAACCCUGGACUAACCAUUAUUAAACUAAAACUGAGUGGAAAAUUAUCCAUGAUAUAAAACCAAACAUUUAAGGAAUCUGACUGAUCCUGCUGGGGAUGUUUUUUAGGCUACUCAAAUAUUUCAAUGGGCUUAUGGAAUGAAAAUUUAUCACAUACAAGGAAAUGUUGGACAACAGCUUUUCUAUGCUGCUCUGUACUUGUUUGCUUGUACUCAGUUUUUCAUUUUUUAUUGUUCACUUUUGUGUUGUUGACGGACACUGUUGCAAUGCAAUACAGAACAUAAAUGAAUGAGUUACUCAGGGCUGAGAAAAACAUACACAUUUGUAUGUGCACACACAUAACUAAAUCCUCUGACAGUCAUAUGCCACCUUUGAAGGAGUGUUAUUUAUGUGUUACUGACAGUCAUACUAUGAAAUAUCAACGUUAUGUAUAUUUAUUUAUAAAUAGGCAAUAAUCCAUUAACUGAAGAAGACUGGCAUUUACAAUGGAUUCAAAUCCGUAUCAUCAUGUUAUUUUCCUCUUGAAUGUACCAUUAAAACAGUUUUUUUUACAAGGAAGAUAAAAGGUGAGGUAAUGGUAAAUUGUAAAUUACUGAAUGUAUUUAACUAAUGUGAAAGGGUAUCCGGGGCAGUCUUCUCUUAACAAGAGCAAAAACAACGAAUCUACCUAAACCUUUUGGUUUUGUCUUUCUUUCUUGCUGUAUUUUUCUAAAAUUUUACAUUUUUAAUGCAAAGCACACUGAAUUUAUCUGUAACGAAUAUGGUAUAUUAAUAAAACUGCUUUAAUCUUGCCAUGGUAAAAGUUUCAAAUACUAA